CUCCCGCCGCCGCCGCCGCCGCCGCCAUGGCGCUCCGCCGGAUCAACCCGAGCAAGAAGCCCCUCCUCCAUCUCCCCCGCCCCUUCUCCUCGUCCUCCUCCUCCAACCCCCCCUUCCCUCCUCCUCCACCGCCGCACUCCGACGACCCCGACGCCUCCCACAGCGGUGAGCCCCCGCAGAGGCCCUCGCUCUUCAGCGACCUCCGCGAGCGCCUGCGGUCGUCCCCGGCGCCGCCCCCACCGCGGCGGAUCCCGACCACCCCGCCCCGUCCCGCCGUGCCCCUCAACGACAUCCGGCGCAGCCUCGAGACCUUCCGCGCCGAGUCCCGGAACCCCGGCGGCGCCGCGUCGACGCCGACGUCGCCCCUCUUCUCCAGCGGCGGCGGGGGCACCCCGUCGUUCCAGGACCUGCUCAGGAGCAGCGGCCCCCCGGCGGCCCGUCCCCCCAACGCCGACGGCGCCAAGCCGGUCGCCUUCGACUUCACCGCUCUCCGCGAGGGCCUCCGGAAGAUCGACCCGCGGCAGCAGCAGAAGCAGCCGCCCAAGGAGUUCCUCUCACCGACCUCAAAUGGCAUCUUCGCCAAGGAGAGAGCCGGGACAGAGGCGGACGAUCCGGACGCUGCCGUCAUGCUCUACAAGACCUACACCUACGAAGCCCUCGGGAAGGAGCUCCAGGAGCUGCGGCCGCCGGGCGCGGGGAAGGACGGCAAGGAGUGGUUCUCGCUCCAGGAGCUGCAAGGCCGGAUAGCCAAGCUGGCCGCCAAGGACAAGGACAUGCGGUUGGGUGGGCAGUUCGAUGCUUUGAAGCAGAGCAUGAGGAACAUCGUGAAAACCGAUAAGCAGAAGAAUAUCAGAAACAUGGGUGGAAUGUUUCCGAUUGCAAACCUUCCUGGGAACCCGAUACCGGAGUACCUGAGUCAACCACCCCAGGAGGAGUUGCUAGAGAGGUAUUUCCAUCCCGACCACAUGUCAGGCGAAGAGAAGAUGAAAUUGGAGCUUCAGAAGGUGAGGGACGAGUUCAAGAUGUCCGAGAACGACUGUGGUUCUGCAAGAGUCCAAAUAGCCCAACUGACACUAAAAAUCAAGCAUCUGUCAUCUGUUCUACACAAAAAGGACAAGCAUUCUAGGAAGGGUCUUCAGGAUAUGGUCCAGAGGAGGAAGAAAUAUCUCAAGUACCUACGGCGAACCGACUGGGACUCGUACUGCAUGGUCCUCUCCAAGCUGGGGCUCCGCGACAUACCUGAGUACAAAGCGCCUGACUACAAGAAGACCCAGCCUACGAAGGCCCAAUCUAAGAAGAGCAAGAGCAAGAGGAAGAGAAAGAUGAAGGCGUAGAGCCAGUGAGACAGAUUUGGCGAUUGAUUAGUUUUCCACACUUCUCUUUUGGCUGUCAAUUGCAUGGCAAUAGAAUCCAUCAGAUAGACGGACGUCUAGGCUCGAGAUUUCUCGAUCCGGUCUUUGCAGUGUUGUAAUUUUUUGAGUUAUUUUCUCCUGUAAUAACCAGUUGUUUGGAUAGCCGUAUGUUUCUUGUUCUGUAUGACAACUGACAACAACAGAUUGUUUAUUGCAAAGGUCUCAGCUCUCCCCCGCCCUGUUUGUUAUCAGGCUAAGGGAUUGAGGAACAAACGGGAUAAUUACCAGUUUUACUCAUCAUUUUUAUUAUAUGGUGCUUUGUUAGCUUGUU